UUUAUGCGUCAAAAUUGUGGUUUAAAAAUCUCGUCAAAAUACAUGAUAAUUAUAAAUAAUUAAUAAUUACCUACUUUCUUCUUUUGUGGAUUGUAAUACUUAUUUGUUCUUAUAUAUAGUUUGUUCUUUUAAUAUAACUAAAAAUUUAUAUGACGACUAACACGUAGUCUGUCGAAUUAAAUAAGUGGAACAGCCGAAGAAAGAACUUUUUGAUGGGAAACUCUGGUUUAAAACAACAUUAUGAAACUGCAUCUAAGACAGGUGUUCUACAAAUUUCUAAUCACAGACUCAAAGAAAUACCUGAAGAAGUCCUUAACUUAUCAGAGCAUCUUAGAAAUUUGGAUUUAUCAAAAAAUAAAAUUUCAAGCAUUUCGGAUGAUAUUAGUAAGCUGAAAUUAUUAAAACAGCUAAACUUGAAUACUAAUUCAAUUCACGACAUACCCAACUCAUUAUCUAAUCUGAAAAAAUUAGAAAUGUUAAACAUUGCUACUAAUAGCAUAGCAAAACUUCCUGAUUCCUUUUCACAAUUAAUAAAUUUAAAACAAAUUUAUUUGAGCAACAACAAGUUUAAAAUGUUUCCUAUACAACUGCUUGGCUUAAAAAAUUUAGAGGUUGUUGAUAUUUCAAACAAUAAGAUUGCUGAAAUACCAAGUGGGAUGGCUAAUUUGUAUGCAGCUGAGCUUAAUUUGAGUCAAAAUGAGAUUUCACGCCUCGCUGAUGAUUUGCAUCAAGCACCGAGGCUAAAAAUAUUGAGAUUGGAAGAAAAUUGCUUGUGUCUUGAUGCAAUACAACCUAGUCUACUAAGAGAUUCAAAAAUACACACUAUUAACCUUGAUGGAAAUCUUUUUGAAGCUAAACAACUAGCUUCAGUGGAAGGAUAUAAUGAGUAUACUGAGCGAUACACAGCUAUGAAGAAAAAAAUGUUUUGAUAACUCUUUAUUGUUGUCGAGAGGCACAAAAGUGUUUUAUUUGCAAUUAAUGUCUAUGUACAAAUUAUUAAUUCCAGCACUUAGCACCUUACUUUACGGCUUUAAAUUAUAUUAUGAAGAGUAUGUAAAUUUUAUCAUAGACUUGAAUAAUAUACAUGUUGUAAAUAUUAUUUAUUUAAUGAAGUUAUUUUAAUAAAUUUUGCUAUAAA